CUCAUGUAAACAAACAAAGCCGGGCGUUUGCGCACAAAGACAGACACCACAGUCCAGGGUGGUUUGUGGCAGCUGCGCACACACGCAGGGCCGAGGAGAAGAGAACUGUGGAGCCGAGAAGACCAGUGUGGUUUCAGUGAACACCGACAGGACAGAGAUGAGGAAGAAGCAAACUGCCAAACAGAGGAAGACAGAGGAGACUGCAGUUGUCCAGGAGUUUGCGGUUGAGAAGAUCAUCCGUCGCAGAAUCUUUAAUGGAAGAGUCGAAUACUUCCUGAAGUGGAAAGGCUUCACAGAUGCUGAUAACACAUGGGAACCCGAGGACAAUCUGGACUGUCCUGAGCUCAUCGAAGAGUUUUUGAGGAACAGCCAUCUGUCACAGCAGAAUGAGGAAGAAGACACAGAGUUUAUUCCCAAAGAAGAAAUGACUGAACAAGAGACGGGAAUUCAGAGGGAUCACACUUUGCCCACUGACAGCGGCGUCCUUGAGCCUGAUGAAGAGCCGUCAGACCUCAGCGCUCACCUGGUCCCUGAAUGCAUCAUCGGCUCUACAGACAGACAGGGAGAACUCAUGUUCCUCGUCAAAUGGAAGAACUCGGAUGACGUGGCCCUGCUGCCUGCUCGUGAAGUCAGUGCCCGGAGUCCUCAGGUGGUCAUCGACUUCUACGAGCAGAAGCUGACGUGGCACUGUGGAGAGGAAGAGCAGUAAAGAGUCGGAGUGUGUGAGUGUGUGAGUGUGGAAACACCAGGGUGUGUGCUCACCUGAGGUUUAGUGUGACCUUCAUCCAGUCUCCUCCUCCUCCUCCUCCUUUAAGCUGAGAUGCUUUGUAUGAAUUCUGUCUGGAUCUCGGCGAGGGCCAGUAUUUAGGACCUGUGGUGCUCAGUAACGUCACCGUGCCUUUGGCUGAAAGCGGUGAUGGCGAUUCAGACUAAUGUUUGUGCAGCAUUUGCAGUCAUUUAGGGUCAAACUAACCAGUAGCAACUUUGUGUCCUUAUGUAGCAGGCAUAAUCACUGUGAACAUGUUGUUCCUUUUUAGACUUGCUGUUACACAUUAAUAACUAUAAUACUGUACUCUAUACUUGUGUGUUUGUGGUGUACACACAGUACACUAACAGUACCUCCAGUCCUUCCACUGUAGGUCAGGCGUGUCCAAAGUCUGAGUCAAGAGCUGCUGCUAAUCCUCACGUGGAUUUCUGUGUGGGGUCAGGUUUUAUGGGUCACUGUCGGGGGUCAGAUCAGACCAUGGUGAACUGUAGACGUUUGAGGGCAUUUUGAAUCAGAUCUGGACCAAUUCUUUCAGUUUUGUGAAAAACUUUUUUACUCCUAUCAGUGGAUCUUUCAGACUUCUCUUUUAGGCUAUAGUAGCUUAGCCAUUUAAACUAAACUCUGUAGAUUCUUGUUACCAGUAUGUAUAUUUCACACACAUGCACACACACAUAUAUACCUAUACAUUUUCAUCACCAUUUUAGGGUCAAGUACACAGUGGUGGAAAUUUGCACCUGUGACCUUUAGCUUGUUUUUAAUCAUGUUUUCAUAUUGGCCAGUAUGUAUUUUUUUGUAAUAACCAUUUUUUUGUUCCACAUGGGUUACAUUUUAAUUUAGCUAAUAGUUUCUUACAUGUUAAGCAGUGUGUUGUGGCCAUUUGUUGACGAACUUUGUGUCUCUUAACAACUUCUUUUGCCUUUUAUUUUUAAAUAAAAUCAUACGUUAUGGAAUAAUUAUUUUAUUUCAAAUAGAAUGCAUUUUUAUGUCUCUAUAUUAUAGUCUUGAGUAUCAAAGGAAAGCAGUUGACCAUAUAUGGUCUGGACCCUGGUACAAACCUUUGGACACCCCUGAUCUAGUUCUAGCUUUUACUGACAGUUGUAUAGAUGUUGUUUGUUGUUGUAUAUGUGUUAAAAUAUCUACAGUUGUUUUAGUUUUUUUUUUCUGAAGUGUUAUCACUUUAUCCUCAUGGUUAAUGUAGAAUAUUAAAAUAAAAACGUUGUCCCGCACAUAUUUUCCCCAUUCAGCUGCUGUUAACCAAAUGUUGUUAUUUUUUCCUCCUGCUUAAAAGGAAUAAUCAAAAUUAUUGGAAGAAGUGCUUUAAACUGAAGGACAAAGAAUCCCCUCAGAGCUUUGAAUGUGAUUUGAAUUCAGCAUAAAUCUGUGACAUUUGCACACAAUGAUCUGUCGUGCACCUAAUUGUGACUAAAAGGAUUGUUAAAUUUUGCACUUUAUGAAAAGAGACUGUUUUGAUUCAUGGAAGACGGCGUCCACAUGCUCCACUCACUGCACUCAAAUAUCCUGACCUGAAACAUGUGCUGUUUUUAUGGGACACUCAGCUGAACCUUCAACCUCCUGAAACACACCUACUACUGAGGAACUGUCACUGUAACUGACCACAGAUCUGUGAAUAAAAGUGAAACCUUUGUGACA